GGUUCCUUCAGCUCCUACAUCACCGUUUUCGACGAGAGCGAGGCCUAUGUCGGCGAUCACGUCGACCUGGGCCGGCAAAGAAUCUCAACAAAGUUCCUGUUCGGGGAUGCAAACGGGCUUACUCCGGAACAUCCGCUCUGGGAGCAAAUAGCUGAGCUGAAAGGUAGGCCACAGUUUGAGAAGCGCCGCCAGCAUGGCAUGCAACAGGUUGUCAAGACCUUUGCGCGCGCAGCCCGCCAACGGUGCGAGGAUGGCGAUGUGCCAUUGGAGAUCAAAGGCAUAGGCCUCUCUGUCCCGGCCGCUUGGACGCUUGACGAAGAAGCCGAGUAUAGUCGUCUCCUGAAAGAGGCCUUUUCGAAGGAGGGCCGGAUGAUGCGCCAGGCUGCCAACCGCAUAUGCUUCCACACCGAAGUCGAAGCAAUGGCGCAUUUCCUCAUGGGAACACCUCGCUACAAGAGAGAGGUUGUUUUUGGCGAUAAAGACGCGAUGACGUUGUUGCUUGAUUUUGGAGGGCAUAGUAUGAACGGCUGCGCUUUCAUGACGAGGCGAAGGGGAAAGCAUGGCACAGAUGUCGCCUUUUUCCGGGCUUCUGAACCCUUUGGUAUCGGCGGAGGCACAGAGCAUUGGGAGGCAUAUGUCAACGAUUUAUGCACUAAUUACGUGCGAGAGAACUACGGCGCUUCUUUCGAGCUCAGUCAGGAGGUCCGGAGCGUCCUCCUGUACAGGUUCCAUGAGGCAGUCAUGCAAAUGGACUGUGGAAAGUUUCGACCGAUGGUACUACGUGCCGAAGGUAUCGAAGACGACAUUUACGACCACAUCGAAGUCAAGAUUCCUGAUCCAGAAUCGGAACAGAUGUUCUUGAAGGCGCUUGGUGGGCCGCUUGAGCUUGCCAGACAAUCGAUAUCACAACUAGGACGUGAGUAUCCAGGGAGCAAGGACUCUGGGCUCAGGGUGCUGGUAUCUGGCGGCAGUCCUCGCAGCGAGAUUAUCAAGGCUUGCAUAAGGAGAUGCUGCGCGGAUGCGGGCUUAGAGUCACCCCAGUUCAUCCACGAAGAGAUGGGAAAACUUGGGUACGUUCCCCGGCGUUUUCUGCACAUGACUUCAAAAGCACACCAGUCCCAUGAGAUAUAUAUGACUGACCCGACCUCGUUAUGGACACUAACAGCACCUUCAACAUUGCCCGAGGAGCAGCAAUUGCUCGAGCCAAAGACAUGUCCUUCAGGAAUUUUCUAG